GUACCUGGCUUAAAGAAUUCUGUCAUUGUGGGAAAUAAUUCUGAAUACUUGUCUAACUUGACCAACUGGAUAAAACCUAUUAAGAGUGACAGUGAUUGGAAACUCUGCUGGAGAGCAUCACGUGAUGGCUGGAGUAGCAGUCGAUUCCAUUCCCUAUGUGACGAGAAAGGACCAACAGUUACUAUUGUAAAGGUCGGAAAGUAUAUCUUUGGAGGUUACACCAGUUUAUCAUGGAGUAAGUAUUCUAGUCUUAGUUUGCGUGUUUAAAGUGUCCGGAUUGUCGCAUUUCAGUUGUACUAUUUAUUUGAAGUUUCAUUUUUCUUUUUCCUAAAGUCAUCAUUUGUUCAAACUGGCACAUGCAUUUUUAUUCGUUUUGGCCUUGGUCCAAGAUGAACGAUCAAAAAUAGAAGUUUUAUUAGUUGAAGGCAUUCGAAACCCGAUUCUCGAAUGUAGGAUCCUUGGGUAACGAAUUAGGUUUAGAUCGCGUUAUUGUGGAAAGCCAUCAAAGAUUUUUGACCUGGCUGCAUGCAUUAACAAACAACAACGCGGUAAAAUUAAAAACAUCACUUCCAAGGAUCGAUAGGCCAGCUGGGAACGAAAAUUUACCACCAGACAUGCGUUUUCGAUGGCUGAGACGGUGGACGCUUAAAAUGGUGAAUAUGUGGACCCGGAGCUUUUGAUGAGUUUAUAUUAACACGAAAACGCCGAAGGUUUUGGGAAACGCAUUAGUGAACACGCUGGCCUUACAGAGACGAUUUGUUGGAUUCUUUCUAUUCUUUAUUUAGCUUCUAAUUGCUUUGGCUAUCAGUACGAUCCACAAGCCUUUUUGUUCUCGCUGGUAAACAAGCCAGGAUGGGCACCUGUAAAGUUGAAUCAGACGGGAUUGUAUGGCUAUCUCCAAUCGCAUUCCAUAUACACCUGUUACUUUUAUGCUGUUAAUGGUCCUACGUUUGGAAAAGGUCAUGACUUGCGAGUCUCUGCAUACAGGUAUUAUUUAAAUCUCGGCUACACGUACAGUCCACCGAGCGGCUAUAGCUAUGGAAGCAGCUUUGCUCAGUCAUUUCUGGCAGGAUCUUCUCGAUUCAAUCCGGAUGAAAUCGAAACGUUUUAUGACGUAGCCUUUACAUCACAAGGUAGGUUCGAGGAUGAGCUAGCGUCACUAUAUAUUAUACAUAAUUUUUUACGGGAAUUUUAAAAACUGAUAAGUAAUCUAGCCUUUUUAAAAAGUUGCAGGGAUUGAUCAAAACACUAAUUUCAACAACAAAUUUUCAACGUAUAUCUUCUUCAGAACUUUUCAUUUCAUGUCAAAAACGCCUAAAAAUUGGGUUACCGUUCUUGCUUGAGACGCGUAAAACCAACUAAAGGCCGUUAAUACACCCUAGUAAAUGUUUCUGGCCUCCGUCAUGCCAGGCAAACACUAAUUUCAACAACAAAUUUCCAACGUAUAUCUUCUUCAGAACUUUUCAUUUCAUGUCAAAAACGCCUAAAAAUUGGGUUACCGUUCUUGCUUGGGACGCGUAAAACCAACUAAAGGCCGUUAAUACACCCUAGUAAAUGUUUCUGGCCUCCGUCAUGCCAGGCAUUAAACCUCGCCAACCCUUGUGUGGAAGGGUCAAGGGACUGGCAAAAUUUGUUCGCUGUACCGAGGUUUCGUUAUACAUCAAGGUUCUUUUGAUAUAUUUUAGUAUUAAUGGGGUAAAGAAAUUCGUUCGUUAGGCCAAGGACUUCGCUAUAUAGAGGUUCGCCGGUUAUAUCGAGGUUCCAAUGUAUACCCACAUUUACUAAUUGCAAUCAGAGAGAUGUCUAAAACAAAUAGCGAUAGACGACAACGGCUGACUUCACAGCUAACAGGUGACAGGUAGCUACGGUUGAUCGAAAAAAGAUGUCAUAAAUUCGUUGGAAAAUUUCAUGCCAGGCUCAUGAUAUUCAUAAUGUAACGAUUUUGAAAUUCAAAUCUUCUAGAAGAAAACAUAAGCGCGCUGACUAGUUUAGGAGACAAUUUAAAAACCUAAGGUACUGUCCACGCUAUCUAAAAAACAUCCACAACUUCAGCAAGAACAAUCAGUCCAAGUUACACGGCUUCAACGACGGCGUCGCCAAGUUUAUCGCCAUUCCAAAAGAACUUUACCCUUUUAUUUCUAUACCUCUCAUCGGUGAAACGGUUUUAUUCAAAAUAUUUAUGUAGUUCUCCAUUCAUUAUUUUCGUAUUUUUCUCUUGAUGAGCCUCCAUGACGUUUGUUAUGUUUGUUUAGAGACCUGUGGAAAACCCAAAAAAGACACUCUGAUAUCACCCUUCUUUAAUAAUUAGCAAACGCUACAAGUAUCUCUGUACAUGCACCUUUUAAAGGCGGGCGUACAAUCUUAAGCUAUCUUACGUUGCAGUUUAAGGUGUUUCGAUACAGUUUUUCUAAGAAUGGCAAAGAUUUUUCAUCGUCUUAAAAGUGAUUUUAUUCUCAAUUGUCCGAACACUAUGAAAUUAUCACCACUGACUGAUUUUGGAUUGAAGUUUCAUAAAAUUUAGUUUGAUAAAUAAAAUCGACAUCACUAUUACAAAAAGCAAACAAUUAAAACGUUGAAAUCGGUAAAAGCCUAAUUUUGCGCGAUCUAGACUAGUCCUGCUACUGAGGUCCCACAUCAAGAACUUUUAUUUGCUGUUUAGCAAACAACCUCCGUGAGAAGUAAAAAAAUCUGUAUAAUUUUGGAUUGGAACAAAACGUAAAUCUAAUUCAAACCUUAUAUUUUCAAAAGCCGUUAUAAAUUAUGUAGUAAAAAAGUUCUGAAUUACUCAAACUAAUCUUAAAUAGCGUCAGAAUUUAAUAUCAUAUUUCAAUGCUAGGAUAUUUUGGUGUAUUUUCCAGAUUUUCUUUUGCGAAUUUGAAAACUAACCUUUUUUGUCACCACCUGUCUAAGUGCAACUUUAUUGUUCUAAAUUUUGACUUUUAUUGCUUCUCUAUAUAUUGAACGACUCGACAGAAUCCUUUUUAAACCUCAUCACAAAAUCUUCACGUUGUAUGUUAUAAUGUCUGAAACUUUCAUGAACAUUGAUUCACCGCAAUACCUUUAAAUUUCAAGACGAACCUAACCUACAAACCGGUCAAAAAUUCGCGUUACAACAUUCACUGUUUUGACGUUAUGCUAACGGUUUCCAAAUUAAUGCCCACCAUACAUACCUCCAUGAUUAGUACAUUUCAGUGAGGGGACUUUAGGGAGAUAAAAUCCAAAAAAUCUUCCGGAGGAGCAUGCCCCCUUGGCGCUCGUUUAGGAAAUCGGUCCAGUCAACCUAGAUUCGCGCCUGCAUCCAAUGAUCUUUUUUUAACAAAUACAUUUUUGUGGUGUCGUUUUUGUUUUGUCCGCUUUAGUAACUGGUUUAAAUAAUUCUGUCAUUGUGGGAAAUAAUUCUGAAUACUUGGCUAACUUGACCGAUUGGAUAAAACCCAGAAGAAGUGAAAAUGAUUGGAAACUCUGCUGGAGAGCAUCACGGGAUAACAACCAAUUCCAUUCCCUGUGA